UGUUAGAGAUGCUGAAACAGCUGAGCUUAAAUUCGGGGUGGAAAAAAACUACUUUGGUUGCUGUGAGUAAACAAAUGUAAGAAACUAACAAUGCAAUGUGGAUGUGGGAAUUGUACAUGCUGAUAAGAACAAACAGCGAGCGUGUUGAAUUGCUGUCAUCGUCACACAGCUGCCAGCUGCUGUCGUCACAAUGAGCUUGACAAAAAAACGCAUUAGAAUGGUUGCCGCCGCUUCUCUGACCAUUUUGGGCCUGAUAUAUCUAUACAAAGCUAUGGUUGCACCCGCUGUGAUCUUGUCGAGCAGCCAGCUGGCGAAUGCUGUGGAGGAACAGCGCCAGUUGCCACCCACCGAAGAUUUGGAGCAACGGAAUUUACGCAUUGCUUACGAGGCACAAAAUGCCCAGCUGCAACAACAGCGUCAGGAAUUGUUAAGGACCAAGGAGCAAUUGGCACAUCUGGAGGAACAGGUGCGCUCCUUGCAGGCCAGCACGCCACGCAAAUAUCCCAAGGUCAAGUACCUCAACUAUAAGAAUCGCAAGCGUAUUCUGAUCACGGGUGGCGCCGGUUUUGUUGGCUCCCAUUUGGUUGACCAGCUGAUGAUCCAGGGACAUGAGAUUAUUGUGGUGGACAACUUCUUUACGGGUCGCAAACGCAAUGUGGAACAUUGGCUGGGUCACGAGAACUUUGAGCUCAUCCAUCAUGACAUUGUGAAUCCGCUGUUUAUUGAAAUCGAUGAGAUUUAUCAUUUGGCUUCCCCGGCAUCGCCACCGCACUAUAUGUACAAUCCGGUCAAGACGAUAAAGACCAACACCAUGGGCACCAUUAAUGUACUCGGUUUGGCCAAACGUGUCAUGGCCAAGGUGUUAAUUGCCAGCACAUCCGAGGUUUAUGGCGAUCCUCAAGUGCAUCCGCAGCCGGAGACCUACUGGGGCCAUGUGAAUCCCAUUGGACCCCGCGCCUGCUAUGACGAGGGCAAACGUGUCUCCGAAACUCUUAGCUAUGCCUACGCCAAACAGGAAAAGGUGCAAGUGCGAGUGGCACGGAUUUUCAACACGUACGGACCACGGAUGCAUAUGAAUGACGGUCGUGUGGUGUCCAAUUUUAUACUGCAGGCACUACGGAACGAGACGAUCACGGUUUAUGGCAAUGGUAAACAGACGCGAUCGUUUCAAUAUGUCUCCGAUUUGGUGGAUGGACUGAUUGCACUGAUGGCUUCCAAUUAUACGCAGCCCGUUAAUCUGGGUAAUCCUGUAGAGCAGACUAUUGAGGAGUUCGCCAAGAUCAUUAAACAUCUGGUGGGUGGCACCAGCGAAGUGAAACAGAUCAAGGCCAUGGAGGAUGAUCCACAGCGUCGUAAGCCGGACAUAACGCGGGCCAAGAAGCGUCUCAAUUGGGAGCCAAAGGUUCCCCUAGAAACGGGUCUGUUGCAGACCAUUUCCUAUUUUCGCAAUGAGCUGGCGAGAAGCGAUCGAUUUCAGGAGAACUCCAGAAAGUACUUUGAGUCACCCGAUCUGCAACGUAGUCGGCUGUAACCAAAAACCAAUAAUAUCAAUAAUAUCAACAAUAACUACAAUAACAUACAAAAUAUCGUGUGUGCCUAUAAAUGCCAAUUGUGUGUAAUUGGCAACGUCUCUAGUCUGCAAAAAAAAUGUAAAUAUGACCAACGAUAGAGCUAAUCUAAUGCAUUCUCCAAUUUCCCACCUUCCCCAUCAGUCUUGCCAGAAUUUCAAGGGCAAAUAAAGCAAAUUUGAUCAAAUACAUUUGUUAGAAAUAGUUUUUAAAAAUGCUUAAAAAUUGCCAUUUUAUAUUCAAAUUAUUUCUCAAUCUGGCAUUUUUUUAAACAUUUUAGCAUACACAAAUUUCUAGCAGAUAGCAGAUUAAAUAUAUAUAAGUCUAAAUUAAAAUGGCAACACUGAUUCCCACAUGCUCUUCCUUUCUCACAUAUGCAUACUAUAUAUUUGUUAAGAAUUUAACAAUUUGUAUAAACGUAGAUGUUAAGUGUCUUAACGGGUAAAAAACAAAAAAAAAAAAUAUACAAUUUGCCAUCGGUUCAGGUCAUAUACGUAAUAUUAAUAAGAACUAGUUAAUUCAGCCGUUGACAGUGUGCAAUCUGAGAAAUAUACCCAUUAACUAACUAGUUAAUAAGUUCGACUAUGUUAAAUUUGUGUUAAAACUUUGCCUUCGUAGUUGUUAGUUGUAUUCGUAGUUGGUAGUUCAAUAAAUUGGCUUUAAGUUUUCCAAUAAA